AUGAGGGACGAGGUGAAGAUGGACGCGAAUCGGCUGAUCGCCGAGGUCUACAAGCGGCCGGCUCUCUGGAACCAGAGGCAUAUCUCCUAUCACAAUCGCGAAGUGACUAAUCGCGUCUGGAUGGAGAUCGCGGCGAUAUUCAACCUCCCCAGUAUGUGUUCCUCGCGUACGAGGGGCGAGCUCGCCGCGACGCAUCUUCCCUUCGCCCAUGCGUCGACUGCUCAGCCGAUGCUGAAGGCGAAAUGGAAGGGUUUACGCGACACGUUCCGUGCUGAGCUGAAGAAGGACCAGGUAUAUCGCAAGAGCAAGUUCCAUCGGAACCGGCCAGUAUGGAUCCAUUUCAAGAGUCUGCAGUUCCUGAAGGAGCAAAUGCUACCGCGGCCGCCGAUCUGGGAACGAAGCGUCGCUAAGACCGAAGACGAACUUCAGCCGUGCGAGAGCGAGGCCGAGAAUGGCAUUCCGUCAUCCGGCAUCGACGGCGGUCUCGAUGAUCGAGACGCGAUCGCCGAUCAUCUGCUGUCGAUGGCCGGCGACGGUAAUGUCGGUCAUCAUCAGCUGAAACUGGACGGCGAUCAUCAUGGGCGGCGUGGCACGGUGGACGUGAAGCGGGAACCCGAGGAGAGCUUCGACAACUUGGAGUUUCAGAACGUCGCCGACAAUCUCGCGGAAAAUGAGAUGAUGUUGCAGAACAUCUCGCCCGAACAAGUCCUCAUGAGCGACAGCGACGGCGGCGUCGGCCUCGUCGGUGUCGAUCCCCUCGAGGGCAAUCGCUUCGAUGACAACUACUACUUCCUGAUGAGUCUGCUGCCGCACAUCAGGACCCUGCCGGCCGAUCGCAGAAUGCUGCUCAGGAUACAGAUGCAGGAACUCGUUUACAAGGAAGUUUAUAAGAAGACCAUCGAAGGCGAGCAGACGGCAAAGACUUAA